AUAACUGGCCAAAUGUAAACCCGGCAUUAUGAUAUAAGGAACGAGUAUUCUAAAUUCUUUGAGUUUUUAAAAUACCGCGGGAAGACCGUUUGUAUUUCUGUUUUUAUCCUUUUCUCCGACUCCAUAACAGUUUAGAUAUGGAUUCUAAUAAAGAUUCUGGGAUUCAGGAGGAAUUUACUAAGGGAGCUUCAAAUGACUCAACUUUGAAUCCAGGGUCUUCAACUGAAGGCAUAGAGGACAAUGCAUGUUUAGAUCAUCAUACGUCUUGUCCAGCGAUCCUGGAACCUUCAGAGUACGAUCCCCUUUUCAAGAGGGAGACAAUUAGAAAGCCAUUAAAAACAUACAAAGCCAUCAUGAGAUCCUUCACCUCUACGGAAGUUUAUAGAGACUCCGACGAGCUAUCAAAUGGUAGAGAGUCUGGGCGGCGUACAGGUGGAAGCGGUUCACGUUGCUUUGACUUGUUCAAGCGUUACAAGAACUUUGCUGUAAAAGUCAGAAAAUCUAAACUCAUCUACAUCCUCCAGAUCUUGUUGAUGUUGCUAUCUUUUUCGGCAACAGUGAUGGGAAUGGAAUAUGUCGACAGCUGUCCAGCUUCUCCCAGUCUCUCCGUCCUUGCCAUGUUAACGGGGGUGUUUGGCAUACUGCUGAUCGGUCAGUGGAUGGCCAUCCAAUGGUGCCAUCCGGAUGACAGACCCUGCGACGGGCAACAGAGACUCUUAAUCUUAUUAUUUUCUGUAUUGGUCUCGGUUAUGUUGGAACUUGAAAUCUAUCUCUUCAGUAAGCUGUCGUUUAGCUUCGAGCCCUCGACCAUCAACUAUUGCAGCAAGGUAUUCUACGACUAUACCUACUACAAGUUUAUUGCGGCUUUUGGCUCCAUGUUUCUUGUAGUCCUGCUCUAUUUCCCUAAUUAUCGAAGUCUAGCAUCUGGUGUCGUCUGCUCGGACCCUCUGGCCGCCAGCUGCUACCUAGAAAGGAUGGAAGAAGCCAUAUGAGAGAAAAGGAAGAAAUGCCAAAUUUGUGCUUCGACACUUUUGCCACCAAAGAUUUUUUAUGUUUUAAAUGACCAUUGUUUUAUUUUUAAGACUGUAUA